UCUCUGGGUAAACACUGUAACCGUAUCACGCAGUUGAUAUUGUAGUGUGUGGACUGAAGCCGGAGCGUACAGUAGCAGCAGCAGCAGCAGCAGCAGCAGAAGGCGGGGGCUAUGCUGCCUGCAAACAGCCACAACGGACACACACACGGCUUCGGUGCAGGACUGACGCUUUGUUCGCCUCAUCGGACUGUCACCUCAGAUCGCACCGAGACGCACCGUGGCCCGCUUCUCCUCCUUAUUGACAUUUCGUCCCGUUUGUAAGCUCCAGGAAGUGGUGUGGGGUGGAGGUGGAGGAGGUGGUGGUUGGAGAGGUGUGUGUGUGUGUAGGGGGGAGAGAGAGAUCGGACUGCAUGCUUCGAAUAAAACGGGAUUUUAAUGGUGCAAACAGCGGACUCUGUAGCCUGUGCACAGCCAGGGGACCGUAGUGCGCUUGGUAAUGUUUGCCAAGGAAUAAAACGGUGUAGCCGAAGGUGCAGAACAUCUCGUUUCCAUGGACAACACGUCCAUAAUAACACAGGUUGCAAAUCCGAAAGAGGAGGAGAGCAUUUCUUCAAGUCAAGAUAAAGUCUCCCAGUCCAACAGCAGCCUAAAGAAACACCGGAGUCGGAGCAUUUUCAGCCCCUUCUUCUGCUGCUUCCGCAACUACAAUGACUACCACGUGGAGCCACCACCCGCCAACAACAAGACACUUUCUCUGCCCCCGCCGCCGGAGGAGAAUGGCAGCCCUCCCAAGUGUGACCAGGUCCAGGUCAUCCCCAUACCCAGUCCUCCAGCCAAGUUCCUUCUGCCGGAGGUCAGUAUAGCCGACUACGGCAAGAACUGCGUGGUGAUCGACCUGGACGAAACCCUUGUGCACAGCUCCUUCAAGCCCAUCAGCAAUGCAGACUUCAUCGUUCCAGUGGAGAUUGAUGGCACUGUUCAUCAGGUGUACGUGUUGAAGAGGCCCCAUGUGGACGAGUUCCUCCAGAAGAUGGGAGAAUUGUUUGAAUGUGUCCUCUUUACAGCAAGCUUAGCCAAGUAUGCUGACCCUGUGGCGGACCUGCUGGACCAGUGGGGGGUGUUUCGUGCCCGGCUCUUCAGGGAAUCCUGUGUUUUCCACAGAGGAAACUACGUCAAAGACCUCAGCCGGCUGGGCCGAGAGCUCAGUAAAGUCAUCAUCAUAGACAACUCACCUGCCUCCUACAUCUUCCACCCGGAGAACGCAGUCCCAGUGCAGUCCUGGUUUGACGACAUGACGGACACGGAGCUGCUGGACCUGAUUCCUCUCUUUGAGGGUCUCAGUAAAGAGGAGGACGUUUACAAUCUGCUACAGAGUCUGAGGAACAGGUAGCAGACGGCAGCUCCGGCUGGUGCUUCCUGCCUCGGUCCUGCUGAAUAAAGAGGUCGCCUGGCUGCCGCGGCCCCUGCAGCCCGGCUCAAACCGUCCUCUGACCAGCUACGGGAGUCCCAGCGCGGCUCCCAGUCGGAGGGUUUCAGGCAAAUAAUCUGGUCAAUAUCAAACCUAGAGAGAACAACUGUAAGAAUUCUUACCAUCUCUGGAUUCUUGGACUCUUUGUACAGGACUCUUACUGACAAAAGAUUAUAUUACUGUAUGUACAUAUUAAAUGUUUCUAAGAGCAAGACAUACACAAAGUAAUUUUUCUAUCAGAGAGAGGAGGUUUUACUAUUCUAUCAAGUAAUAUUUUAGUUACCAAAAACAAUCAAAUACACAGAACAAAGUUUUUUUUUUUGUUUUUCCUAGAAUGGGUGACCGUUUUGUUCUUUUUUUUGUUGUGUGUGUUGAGCAGUGCUAUGCAGGCUGUUGUUUCUCGUCUGACUUUUUUUUUUUUGUUUUCGUUCAAACAACUGUGAUUUAAUCUUCUCUUACAGAAUGAAGUGCCUUCAUUACUGUGCUGAUUUUGUUGUGUUGGGUUACGGGGUGCACAUUUUUAUGCUGCAUAUUUACUCAAAAUCUCCAAACGCGUAUUAACUAAAUCUUUAAAUUGCAGUUUGAAAAUGAGUCUUUGGUAACUGUCAUUUAAACUGAGAAAUGUGAAAAGAGUAAUUCCUAGAAAAUUUAUAAACCUAGCCUGUUAAAUGAUUUUUAAUUUUGAGUUUGGUAGCAUUGAAUUGUUAAAUUUACCAAAGAUUUGUACAAUUCAAUGUGAUUUGUGGCUGAAUGACAUUAUUUGAUCCUUGACAGUGACGAAAGUGAUGAAACCCCACUUUACUAUUGAAAAAAAGAAAAAAUUUAAAUGUUUGUGAUGGCAUCACUGUCCACCAAUAAAUGUUAAACCUUUGAGGAAAAUAUAAAGAUUAGCUUAGAUUCUAUGAAAUUCUAUUUAUUGGGGAAAGGGGUGUUGGGUGAAUUGUAAAGAAUGCUGUUGAAAUCGUACUGUACAACAUUAUUAAAGUUGCAAGUUUGCACACUGUCA